AUGGUUUCUGUCAAAGGACUCGCCGCUGUUGCGCUCAUGAUCGCCUCUGGGGCUGUCGCCGCCCCAUGGGAUCCCACCUCUCGCUACGCUACGCACAGCGUUCGUUCUGUAGGCCCCCAAAAGGUCAAACUCACCACCUACAGCCCACCGGCAACUUUCGAGACCUACGGAGUAGAAGGAGUGGUUCACCCGCUCGCCAAGCGCGGCAUCACCGAUGCUUCGCCUGCCGACGCCGCCAAGAGCUUCUUGGAGAGCAAGUUGGGUGUCAAGCCUGAGGAUUUGUCUCGCAAGAGCGGACACUCGUCGGAUGUCGCCUCGUUUGAGUAUUUCACUCAGACCUUUAACGGCAUUCCGGUUGCUAAUGCUGUUGCCAACGUCGGUCUGAAGAACGACAAGGUGACUUCCUUUGGUGCUAGCUUUGUCAAGCCCAAGAGUGUUGCGGCCCCCCAGCCCAAGCUAUCAAAGGAGGAAGCCAUUUCCAAAGCUGAGAGCGUUACCGGAGUCAAGUACAACAACGCCCCUACCACUCUCGAGUACUUUGCGAAAGACAACGACCAUGUUGUCCUCACCCACGUUGUGCAAGUUAGGAGCCAAGAGCCCCCAGAGUUCUACAGUGUCUACGUCGAUGCCAACUCGGGUGAAGUUGUGAAUGUGGUCGACUUUAUCAUUGAUGCGAGCUACCGUGUUGUUCCCUUCAACGUCCAAGAUCCCACUAAAGGCUACUCUGUUCAAACCAAUCCCGCGGACAGCGUUGCCUCCCCCAACGGCUGGCACACCGUCGGAAGCACCACCUCGACCAAUACUUCUGGCAACAACGUGAUUGCUUUCAAGAGCACCACUAGCGCGACCACAUCCCAAUCGAGCGCGACCAACAACUACGACUAUGCAUACAACGCUGCAGUUGCACCCACUACUAGCCCCAACGUUGAUGCUGCCCGUACCAACGCAUUCUACACUGCGAAUAUGGUUCAUGACUUUACGUACCGAUACGGAUUUGACGAAGCCUCUUACAACUUCCAAAACGACAACAACGGAAAGGGUGGAAAGGGCAACGACCGCAUUCAACUCUAUGCCCAGGACACUUCGGGUACCAACAACGCUUACUUCACCUCUUCUGCCGACGGCCAGACGUCCGAAAUUCACAUGUACACUUGGACCUACACAAACCCUCGCCGAGAUGGUGAUCUCGAAAACGACAUUAUCGUCCACGAAUACGGACACGGUGUCUCUACCCGUCUCACGGGAGGCGGAACCGGCACGUGCUUGAGGACUACCGAGGCUGGUGGAAUGGGAGAGGGCUGGAGCGAUGCCCUUGCCGAACUCACGGAGGUCAACUCCGCCACUUUGGCUGAUUUCACCCUGGGCGCAUACGUGACCGGUAUCGCGGGCGGCAUUCGUAGCUACCCUUACUCGACCAGCAAGACCACGAACCCCCUCACCUAUGGAUCUCUGGGGACCCGAAACGAGGUUCACGAUAUUGGCGAGAUUUGGGCUUUGAUCUGGCAUGAAAUUUUCGCCAGUCUCCUUACCAAAUACGGUUACUCGGCGGACAGGUUUAACCCCGCGGGCACUGCAGGCAACAUUGUGGCUGCGCACCUGUUUAUCGAUGCGUUCAAGUUGCAGCCCUGCAACCCUACUUUCUUGACCGCUCGUGAUGCUAUCAUCCAGGCAGAUGCCAACAGGUACGCCGGCGCAAACAAGUGCUUGCUCUGGCAAGCAUUCGCUAAGCGCGGCUUGGGAAGCGGUGCUACGGCAACCAAGAAGGACAACACGGCAGUUCCCUCUGGGUGCUAG